CUUUAAUCUAACCACAAACUCAUCAUAUUUGCGUAAAUCCUCGCAAUGGAACCGCCGCAGAAUCUACGAUCCCUCUUUGCCGACGCGAAAGCCGAGAAAACGGCAUUGGAAGCCCGCCCCGACAGCAACACGGACGCCUACCGCAGUGAUGUCAACGCAACAAUAGCCAAGCUUGAGGAAUGCCAGCGGCUAGUGGGCUUGCUGUCCUUGUUCAGUUCGAAUGAACCUUUAGAGGAUAUUUCCACGACAGACAUACAGUAUCUUACAGUGGAGUAUCAUCUUGCAGACCUUCUCCAAAGAUCCUACAGCUCAGACCGCGAAGCUCUCCUCCGCCGUGCGCUUGGGCAGUACGAACGCUUCCUCGCCCGACUGGACGAUUACGAUGUCCUUAACGAAAAGGACAAGAAGCUUUACGAACGCUAUGCAGCUAAUCCCGCUACUUUCUCCCUGACCACGACCAACGAUGCCGCGACCCGACGAGAGGUGAAGAUAAACCGAUUCAAGGAGGAAAAGGAGCUCAAGCAGAAACUCGAGUAUUUCGCGAACAAUCAAAGCCGGCUGCAAAGUGAUGACGAGGAUGUACGGAAACUCUAUCUCGCGGAGAUCGACCUCUACAUUCACCAGUCAUUCCAGUCUGUGGAUCUCCUGUCACAAGAAUUGACCAUGUUAGCGAACUUCCGCAACGCGGCCCCGGAUCCCUCUCGGUCCCUGCAGGAUGACCCACGUCAGCGGAACGGAACAAGCAAUUCAGAUUACUCCGAGCGGCUGGAUCCCCCGCUUGCGCAGCUCCUCAGAGGCGGGAAGUUCGGCCCCAUCCUAAGCAAGGAGGGCAGGCCGAUGCAGCCUUUCACGUUGCUCGACCGCAGGACGCAGCUGCAGCAAGGCGUUUUCCGAUCCGGGCAUAAUUUACCCACCAUGACGAUUGAUGAGUAUCUUGAAGAGGAGAGGAGAAGGGGUAACAUUAUUGAGGGCGGAGGAGAGAAGUCAGGUAUAAAGGAGGAGGUUGAUGAAGACGACCUGGACAGGGCCGACGAAGAAACAAUGAAAGCCCGGGAAUGGGAUGAGUUUAAAGAAGCCAACCCAAGAGGCUCUGGAAAUACACUGAAUAGGGGCUGAUGUGUCUACUAAACCGACAUAUAUCUAAUCUAGAUACCACUUAAAUGCGAUGCC